GUAGUUAUACAUAUUGAAUUAACAAAUGUUUGAUAUAAUGUAAUGAGUAUGCAAUUGACGUGUAAAAAUGCCUUGAAAUCCUAUAGAAGAAUCUUCAUAUCAACACCCAUAUUAGGAUAUGACGUCUAGACAAGGGAACUACUCUGGAAGCGAUGGCUCUGGAAGGAGUAAAGCGAAUCGUCCAGCUUCAUUUCCAAAUAAUAAUUUAAGUUCAGUAUCGUUUAAAGACUUGUCAAAAAGUUUUGGAAAACUAAAAGUACAAGGAGUUGAGAAAGAGGGAAGAAAAGGAAAAAGACCAAGUUUAACGGAUUCCGAAGCCUCUGAUAAUGCGAUAGCUUCAGUUAAAUCCAGCCGAAAUAGAGGAGCUGGAGGAGGAGUAGUCACCACUCGAAAAGAGGAUAGAAGCCAUCAUGCCCGUGCUCUUCGGGAAAUCAAAGAUAGUCUUGCUCCUUACGGUCCUUCAGAUAUCAGCGCAGAAUCUGUCCAGAACUUGGCUUUGGAAUUGAAUGUAAAUGUUGAUCAGUCUGUUGCUGAAAAUGUGGCGAAAAACUGCACAACACUUGAGGUUGCCAGAGAAAAACUGAUUCUGAUAUUGCGUCGUAAAAUGCAAAAUGAACAAUUCCUUCAUCCCACCAAUAAUAAUAACAAUGCUGGAAUUCCUCCACCUAUGUAUCAGACAGAUUACAAUACAAGUGACUACCACGUGCCUCAGCCGAACAUGCAUUUGCAGCGCGAUCCAUACAGUCGAACGCAUCGUGGCAGUCCAGAUGGAGCUAGCCUCAGAGCAGACAGUCCGGUCGGAGUUCAUGGCCACAAUGGACUUCAAAGCAAAAUUAGCCAAGUGAACAACUUGCGCCAUAAAAUCACUGCUUCUGAGUAUGAAUUAUUGUCGAGUAAGAAUCAGUUGGAUCCAACAAAACAAUUGCAUAGGCAGUAUGUGCCACUACCAGACAGGACACCUGCCACGGAGCCGCCUGCUUAUCCUGGGAAUCCAGCAACUUACAUCAAUUCUCCAUAUUCACGUCAAAGUUCCGCGAGUGAUAAUGGUUAUGACAUGGGCAUGAAUUCACUUCCACGCCCAAAUCAUCUCAUGACGAAUCCAACUAACACGUCGGAUGUUCAGUAUCGUCGUGGACAAACACCUCCUCCGAUGUCAUAUGACAACAGGGCUAUCCCAAACAAUCCCAAUCCUCCAGUGAAUGCAGGAAUUGUUCCUGGACAUGUACAACAAAUCGUUCAGCGAAUGUCACCUUCUACUCCGAGUCAGGAGGCAAUGAAUUUUAUGCGGCCUCCAACAACAAGACAGAAUCCAAAUCGCCAGCCACAAAAUGUGCCGCAAAUGUCUUCGACAAGUGUUAUGAGAGACAACCAUAAACCCAUUAUCAAAGGACCCUCAUCUGCCUCCAAUAUGUAUCAAUCAUCAGCUGGAUCUGGGGUAAACCCAGCCAUGGCACGAUACACCCCGAAUCACCCACCACCCAGCUAUACAGUAGCGCAGCAAUUUCGUAACAAACAGAAGGAGCUUGACCAACCAACUUAUACACACUCUGAUAAUUCAUCAAGGUAUCCAGAAUUGUCUAAAUCUCAACAAGCACAAAACCAGAUGUUGAAUAUUAAUCCAACAAAUAGGGGAAGUCCGUCACCUUAUCAAGACCAGCACCAACAAUGGACAAAUCAAAUAAAUGGAGCUUUGAUGGGAAAUAUCAAUUACUCUACGUAUCAACAACAGACAUCCGGUCAUUCAUCCAGUCCUCAGUCUUCCAUAUCAUCGGGAUACCAGAUGGUGGGUGGAGAACCGUGUCAUGCUCAAUACCAAACGCUUGCCAGUCCGCCUAUAUUACGACCUAUCUCAAGUCAGCCUGUCAUGAAGUUGCAACCUAUGACAGCCGAAGUACCUAUGAAUUGUGAGAAUUUGCCGCCUCACUUUGCACCAAUGGUUGUGGAUUCUGAUAGACAGCAAGUUCCAUUGUCUGAUAGAAAUUCACAAUAUCACAUGACCACAACUCAUGGACAUUAUAUCACAGACAGAGAACCACCACCUUAUGGAGAAAGCGUAUCCGGUUCAACCAGUCUUACAAACAGCGAUAUAACCAUGAACUAUUCCAACCCUGACGUUAAUUACGGCUGUUACCCCGAUGAUAAUGGAAAAUUGCGUAGGCCAAGCAUUGCUGAAAAUUACCUAAACGCAGUCGAAGGAAAUGGUACCAGUGGUGGUAUCAUCACCCCAGGACCGCUCAACAACCCCACUGCAAAACCACCAAAGGGUACUGAAACAGCGGUGCAAGCCGCUCGUGUUACUGGCAGCAACACCAAAAGGCAUGCCAACUCGUAUUCCGCAGUUAGUGCGCCAAAGCAACAAAAAGCAGGGUCUAUAUCGGGAACUACAACAACGUCUCAACCCCGACAUCGAAAUCAUGAACAGAUGGUGCCAGACGCAGACUCUACAGAAUGUGUCGAAAAAACGAUAAGUACAUCACCGGUGCCUGAAAGAAAGUUUUCUGGAAAAUCGAAGUCUAAAAAGACUCCUAAAAGGGAUAAUCAAUUCUCCGAUUCGGAAGAUGAAGAAGAACCUCCACAAAGAACUAGCAGAGUAAAAAUGUUCUCAUCGGAGGCAUACAAGUUCUAUAUGGAACAGCACAUCGAAAACGUCUUCAAGGGUUGUCAUUCUCGUUCCAACAGACGGAAUCAACUUGAGCAAGAAAUGAUGAAGAUGAAACUGCCACCACCAGACCAAGAGCAAAUGAGAGAAAUGUUAUUCAAAAAAGAAUCAAAUUAUAUCAGAUUGAAACGUGGAAAAAUUGAUCUGUCAAUGUUCCAGUUCUUAAAGGCACUCGGAGUUGGUGCAUUUGGAAAGGUUUUCCUAGCUAGAAAGCGGACUUCUGGUGCACUUUAUGCUAUCAAAACACUGCGAAAGAAAGAAGUUUUGACGAGGAAUCAGGUCGCUCAUGUCAAAGCUGAGAGAGAUAUUUUAUCAGAGGCUGACAAUGACUGGGUCGUUCGACUGUACUACACAUUCCAGGACAAACAAUUUCUAUAUUUUGUAAUGGACUACAUUCCGGGAGGCGACAUGAUGAGUUUACUGAUCAAGAAAGGAAUAUUUAGUGAACAACUUGCACAAUUUUAUACUGCAGAAUUAACUUUAGCACUGGAAAGUGUUCACAAAAUGGGAUUUAUACACAGAGAUAUAAAACCAGAUAACAUAUUGAUCGAUCGUGAUGGACAUAUUAAAUUAACAGAUUUCGGACUCUGUACUGGUUUCAGGUGGACGCACGACUCCAAGUAUUACCAACGAGGAGGUCACAGGCCGCAAGACAGUAUGGAUUUCAGUAAUGAUUGGGCAAAGAGUGGAAAUGGUCCUCUUAAAACACUAGACAGGAGGCGGAUAAGAGAUGCUAAUCGCCGUAUUGCCCGCUCUCUUGUUGGAACUCCAAACUAUAUCGCUCCUGAGGUCUUACUCAAGGAGGGUUACACUCAACUGUGUGAUUGGUGGAGCGUCGGUGUCAUCUUGUAUGAAAUGGUUGUUGGUCAACCACCGUUCAAUGCCAGCUCACCAGAAGAAACACAAAUGAAGGUCAUCAACUGGCAAAAUAUGCUGUAUUUCCCAGAAUCUGCACGACUGAAGUCCCAAACACAAAACUUUAUUCUGUGUUUAUGUUGCGAUCAAAGACAGAGACUAGGUUGCAACGGAAUAGAAGAAAUAAAACAACAUCCAUAUUUUCGAAAUGUAAACUGGGCUAAUUUAAGAGCAAUACAGGCACCUUACGUACCUAAGAUUCGAUUUCCUGAAGACACCUCAAACUUUGACACACCGGAUGAUUUAAUGUUGAAUCCAAGCCAGGCCGGAACACUGAAUAGCAACACACUCUUACGAGCAGGAGAACAUGCAUUUUUUGAGUUCACUUUUCGGAGAUUUUUCGACGAAGAUGGUCGUGCGUACUCUAAUAAUUAUCAUUACAGUGGCCCAGAGAGUGGCAUGAUAAUUGAUGAGGAUGCUGAAAUAGCACAACAGGAUGAUGACUAUGCGUAUGGUUACUGCCAACCUGACAGACAAGAAUGGGUUCAAAGUUCAUCCGGUCGUGGCAGGGAGGCCAGCGAUGAUGGAAAUGAUUACUACCUCUGAAAACGGAAUUGGACCUAGACCUGGACUCUGUGGUAGCCCAUAAUAUAAAUACUGGUAUAUAUAUAUAUAAUGAAUUCUAAGUAUAAUUAUUUUCACAGACAGAAAUGAGAAUUUACUUAUUGGCCACUGAUGAAUCAUGACUGAUUGGCAUUUUCCACAUAUACCAUACCCUAUAUGAUCAGUCGAUUUUAGAAAUAAGCUGACGUAAUACUGCCCUAAAACCGAGGCUCGAGUCGUUAAAAGUUACUGCUUUCCGGUACCAAUUAAAUGAUGAGGUUAACCUAUUCAUUUUGUAUGCAUUUCUGUGUUCGAACAAUCCCUUGUAUAGUGAGUGCUACCUUGUUGAAAGUUCCAUUUCCGACUUUUCAUUAGUUGUUUGCAUAGACACAAUGAGGGUCAGCCAGAGUUAUUCAUGAUCAUGACUGAUUUUCAUUUCCAAACGGCAAUAUGCUGAAAAGGCUAAUUGCUUCUGCCGGUAUAAUAUUGCAGAUUUUCAAUAUUUUUCACUGUGUCGUCAGUUUGUUUUAUUUUGCCAAAAAAUAUUUUGUUUCUCUACUCUUGUUUUUGUUUUAUCUCUCCAAAAAUUUGGUGUUUGUUAUUGUGUAUUACGGUAUUAGUACGAUUGUUCUUUUAUUAUCAUUUUUAUCUUGAUAUUUUGUCAUUUUAGCGUUUUAUAAUCAUGGUGCGAGAAUUUUAGAUAUGAAAAAAUUUCUUGUCUUAAAAUUGAUACAUAUUUUUAAUGAAAAUGUGCCUUUUACAUAGGUAAUAACUACUUUUUGCACAAUUAUUAUGAUUGAUACAAUUUCAAAAAUACAGAAUAGGCUUAAUCGUUCGAUUGACAAAAAAUGUAAUGAGGAAAAUUAAGAAGAUGUCACUAAGUCUCUGUGUGACUCUCAACUAGAUUUAUCACAAUACAACAAUUCUGUUGGCACUUGGGCAAAAUUGCUAAUGCCCAAAUUUUAAAUUCAAUUGGGUUUGCAAUACCAGUGUUUAUAUUGAUUAGUAUACGUACUAGAAUUUUCCUUGGAACACCACUCUUGUGUUUAAAAAUCUUAGUGUGGGCACAUAUUACGAUAUUUCCUAAAUCCUGAUUUUGCCGUUCAGAUCUUAGGUCUGGUAAACUCGUGGAAAAUGCUUUUUCUGUUGCGUUCGGAUUUUGAAUUCUUAUUAAACUAGGUUCUUAGAUAAUUCAUUGAUUAGGCAUACCUUUUUCUCUAUUUAAAAAGGGGUGAUGGCGGAAACUGGAACAAAAUUGUUUUUGUAUCUUUGAACAUUCUCCCUAUUUCAAAAAAGUUGUAAGUACCUAGGUUCGUCAAUUCUUGCCAGAUAAUUUUUCUUGUAUCUAUAUUGUCCUCAUAAAAUUAGCUUAAAACGCUGAUUCUGUCAUUUUUAGACUGAUGUUCAAUCUAAGUUCUAUCCCAGUUAAAAAUAGUUUUCUGUCUCUAAUUGAUAACGUUCAGUCGCUAUAAUUAUAAGGCUUUAUACACCUACCUGUGUGUCCAAUGCUCGAACCUACAUGGUUCAGCAUUGAAAUGCUAAAAUUUUGAAAUUGCAAAGUCAUAAUCAUUUCUUAUCUAAACACGACCCAUUUCAUCCUUGAAAAAAUUGGGUUAUGUACAUACUGCUGUAAACUUCUUAUGAGCUAAGUAAACGGCAUGAAAUGAAAUGAACAUCGUUGAUGCCUCAGUAACUUGUGUUAAUGUUUUGCUUUAUUGAUCUUAAGGUAAAUUUCUGGAAUGAUUUAAUCUUUCAAUGAAAUAGUUUCUUGUACUUUUGUGUAUAUUUAAGGAAUAAAAGAUAAAAAUGAUAACUGUGA